AUGAUGAUGGCGCAACCGUUUCCCGCCCAUCAAGGCAUGCAACAUGGCAUGCCCCCGGGCCACCACCCAAUGGCCGCACAACAUCCCAACGCCGGACAUCCUGGACCUGGAAUGGUACAACAAAUGCAUCCUGGUGUCUCUCAACCGGGCGGGCCCCAGGUUAGCCAGCCUGGCCCCAUGAUGGGUGGGAUGCCCCCGGGCGCUGGCACCGCUGGUCCUGGCGGUCCCGUCCCGAACGCCCAUGCCCUCUCCCAUCUGAACCCCGCGAAUGCGCAUAUGUUUCAGCAACAGGGUUUUCCUCAAAAUUGUGAGUUCUACUUUAACAUCCUGCCUGCCAUAUUUUAUUACCCUCAGGAAUUUCCUGGUCGUCUUUCACAAUCAACGCGCGAUCGGCGCCGGAGAGAGUCCAUCUAUCUCUCUCUCCCCUCAACUCAACUACGUUCACCGCAACCUCAAAGGCAAUCGUUCCUCUAUUAUGAGUACAUGCUGAUGUUUUAUGCCUCGUAG